AUGGCAGCACAAAAAGCCAAGAAACAAGCAGAAAAAAAUGAUCGGGCCGGCUUUUUCGCGACCCGGGCGCCGACGCCAAAAUCAAUGGGCCUAGCCGAACAGGAACAAGAUGGAGACGGAGGUAACGACACGCUGCCACUAUUAACCUCCCCAGGUGAGCAAAACCUGCCAGUGACCCAGGACUUCUUACAGAAGUGCCUAGACAAUAUGUCCCACAAGAUCCGGGAAACCCUGCAAGGCACACUGAGAGAGAUGAAAAGAGAGAUGCAGGAGCUGGGGGACAGGACGGCACAUGGAGAACCGCAUGGAGGAACAAGUCACGGUGCAUAA